AAUGUUCUUUAUCUAGUUUAGUUUUCCUUUCUUUUUUUGCUUCCAAUCUCCAUGCUUCUGGAUUGUUCUUGAAAUACUAGCCAGCAGGGCCUCAGAAUUUUGCGACCCUGUGCAAAUUUAUCAGUGUUGCUCUAUUUUCUUUGAUCUCUCUUGGAUCGGGGAGCAUAUUGUUAGUAGGUUAGGUCCUUCUCAGAAAAAAAAAACAUCAAGUAAUAUAUUGCUGGAGCUCUGUACAGUGAAGUCCAUGCGGAUGCAAAAGAAGAUCGCUGAAAACUUGAGGAAUGGCUUCUCAGUUAAGGCACACAAAAAAGUGUAUGAGAUUGAGAGAAUUGAUUGAAAUCAACAUCAACACAAACACAAACAUUCAAAGGCCGAGUUAAAAUUAUUCUUCUCCAAAUUUCAAAGGGAUACCAGAAAAGUUUUCAUGGUACUUGGGGGUAGUACCGCUCUUUGUUCCUGCGGAGGUCUUUUGUUCCAUGCCAUUUUCAUACUGUUUUCUACAUCCUCUAGAGAUGUCACAGAGACCGUGCUAGCUGAUAUUUUCAACACCACCGACUGCUAGCAGUAGCACUAUAUACACAAAACCGCAGUCCUCCGCGCCCUUGAUCCAUUCUUCACUCUCCUGAUCGAAGCGCAAUCGAGGAGCUGAACCAGCAAGAUCGAGCAUACUUUACUGAUAAAGACGAGGGCUGUAUUCACUACUUGCCCGCCGCCGCUUGCUGCGCACAAUCUCAAUUAUCAAGAACAACCAGUUCGACAAAGCCAUAUGGAGUACGCGACGGGAGCACUGGGCACUCUGCUUCCCAAGCUCGGCCAGCUGCUCCGAGAUGAGUACAGGCUGCAGAAGGGCGCCAAGAAAAACAUCGAGGACCUCACAAAAGAGCUCGAGUGCAUUCAAGCUGCCCUCCGCGACGUCGGCGAGGUGCCGCUGGACGAGCGUAGCGAGCUGCUCAGGAUCUGGGCCCGUGAUGCCCGGGAGAUGUCCUACGACAUGGAGGAUAUGGUGGACACCUUCCUUGUGCGUGUCCAGGGCCCUGAUGAACGCCCCAGCAAAAGGAAGGUAAAAAGGUUUUUCAAGAAGUUGUGGGAUGAUGUCACCAAGGCAAAAAUCCGGCGCGACAUCGGCCAAGAGAUCAAUGACAUCAAGGAGCGUGUCAAGGAGGUGGCAGAGCGACGCGCAAGGUACAAGUUUGAUGAUAUUACUCCUGCCAAAACUUUUAGUGUUGACCCUCGCAUAGCAUUUCUGAACACUAAGGCAACUGAUCUUAUCGGUAUCGAUAAGGCAAGGGAAGAAGUAAUCACGAAGUUGACAAAGGGAGAUAAUAAUGUCCUGUCGGCACAACAAAGGAUAAUCUCUAUUGUUGGAUUUGGAGGGCUAGGCAAGACAACACUUGCCAAAGCAGUGUAUGACAAGCUCAAAGGGCCAUUUGAUUGCACAGCGUUUGUCUCGGUUGGGAGGAAUCCGGACAACAUAAAGAACAUUUUCAGGAACAUAUUAAUCCAACUUGACAAGGGACGAUACGAGAAAUUUAAUUUUUCAAUAUUCGACGAUGAGAUGCAACUCAUCAAUGAACUUCGAGAUUUCCUUGGAAAUAAGAGGUACUUCAUUGUUAUUGACGACAUAUGGGACACAAAAGCUUGGAAGAUAAUCCAAUUAGCUCUUGUUGACAAUAAUAGUGGAAGUAUAAUAAUCAUAACUACUCGUAAAUAUGAAGUUGCACAACAAGCUGGUGGGAUUUAUCGGCUAGAACCGCUGUCAGAUGAUAACUCGAGAAAGUUAUUCUUUGCAAGGAUGUAUGAUGGUGAAAGUAAAGCAUCUAAUCAUCAACCAGAUGAUGAGGUUUCAGAUAAAAUUCUAAAGAAGUGUGGUGACAUUCCACUGGCUAUCAUCACAAUGGCUAGUCUGUUGGAGGGUAAACAUAUGGAGGAAUGGUCAGAGAUACUAAACUCUAUUGAUUUUGGCAGUAAAGAGAAUCAGCAAGUAGAGGACACAAUGAAGAUAAUAUCGUUUAGCUACUAUGAUCUACCUCCUCAUCUAAGAAUAUGCCUAUUGUAUCUAAGUGUGUUCCCAGAAGAUUAUUUCAUUGAGAAAGAUGCUCUUAUAUGGAUGUGGAUAGCCGAAGAUUUUAUUGUUCACAAGAAACAAGGAAUAAUGUCCUCAUUUGAGAUUGGGGAGAGAUGGUUUAGUGAGCUGGUAAACAGAAGUAUGAUUCAGCUGGUAGAGAAAUGGGACGAAGGGAGUCGCAUCUUAGUACAUGGCUGUCAGGUUCAUGAUAUGGUAUUGGAUCUUAUCUGUUCCAUUUCAUCCGAAGAGAACUUUGUCACUAUAUUAGAUAACAAGGAAGGGGCAUCAUCAUCAUCAUCAUCAUCACCAGGCAAAGUUUACAGGUUAGCCCUCCAUAAUAAUAGAAUUGUGGAGUCCCAUAUGGUGGGCAUGGGAAGAGUGAGGUCAUUCAUUUCAUGUGACUGUGAUAUUGACAAGGGGAUCCCACUGUCAAGCUUUACACUUAUACGAGUGCUAGCCAUAUAUAAUGGUGUUUUCGGACGUAAACACCGCCAUUUGAAGCAUAUCCAGAAUUUACUUCACUUGAGGUAUCUCCAGCUAAGCGGUGGAGAAGCUGAGCUCCCUGAAGAAAUAGGAAAUUUAAAGUUUUUGGAGACACUACAUGUGUACCGACUUUUGAAUGCAAAAGUGGUGAGCCUUCUAACACAGUUGCGGUGCCUGCGAUUAGAUCUUGGUAAUAGCGUCUCGGCUACAAUAUUUACAGAUGGUAUAAAGCUGACAUCUUUGGAGGAGCUCGAGGUAUGUUUUGGUUAUCAUGCAUUUAAGAGUCAAGAGCCAUGGAGGCGAUUUGUGAAGGAGCUGGGCAGCCUGAAGGAACUCAAGGUGCUCCGCCUUGGUUCUUGUAACGCAUUUUCGAUGGAAGUACAGAUAGAUUUGGUCGAGUCUCUGCGCAGUCUCGGAAAGAUGGAGCACCUGUCUCUGCAUGCGUACUGGUCUUCAUCUGCGGAUACCGCGACGUGGGAAGCAGCGGGCUUUCGUCUCCCACGACACAUUCGGUAUUUGCUACUAAAUGGGAUAAAUUUCUCUGGGUUCCCAUCCUUCUGCAUCAACCGCUUGUGUCUUCCGAAUCUCUCCCACCUAUCCCUCAGCGUUGAUGCUAUCGAAGAGCAGGAGCUGCAAAUCUUGGGCCAGUUGCCGGAGCUCCGUUUCCUCGAUCUGAAGGUGGAGUCCACUGCGGAAAUAAUGGUAUGCAGUGCUGCUACUACUGAUCCCGCCGGCGAUGGUGGCCGCUUUUUCAAGAAGUUGAGGCACUGCACGUUGAAUCCUUGGGAAGUCUUGUUGCUGCCAAGCAAGGACGGUGUUUCCUUUCGUAUGCGGCGUGUGCAUGCCACCGUGCUCCUGGGCUCUGAAUGGAACGGCGUCAGCAGCGGCAAAGGUCUUGCGGCGGCUCUGAUGCCACGCGUCCAUAAGCUUAGUUUUAAAGUAUUCAGCGUGCGGGAAUUCAAGGAUGAAAACCAUGGGGAUGGCCUCUGCUUGGAGUACUUUGCCUCGCUUCAGAAUAUCAAUGUAAAGAUCUACAUCGAUGACGCCUCUGAUGCGGAGGUGGAGGUGAAGGAGGUGGAGGCAUCACUGCAGCGUGCAGCUCGCGUCCAUCCCAACCAUCCCCUAGUUGAGACGGUCAGGUACAACGCGCCCAUGUUCCCGGAGUGGAAGGCAUGGGCGGCGAGCAGGCAGGCACAUGAGGCAGAGGUUGAGCAGCAACAAGACGACGAGCAGGCAGGCUCAUCAGCGAGAGAUUGAACAACAACGCAACAGGACUUUGGAGAUAGGAUAUCCCGUUUCAUCAGUCUAUCUAUAAAAUAAAAAGGAGACUAGCAGCAGCCGGCCGGGACUCCUCGUCUUCUCCCUGAGAUCGAUCUCUGUCCCCUGCUUGCUUUCUUCCAGAGCAGUGAAGUCGCAUUAGUGCCAGCCAGCCCUGCAGGCUGCACCGCUGCUCGAGUACGCUCUGCUUUGGCUGCGUGCCGUGUAAACUGAACAAGGCCGUUUUAAUUGUUGAUAAUUUAGUUGGGACACAAGAGAUCUUGGGGCCCCUCGUAGUUUGAUUUCUGAGCCGUAAUGAUUCUUAAAUUGUACUAUAUAAUCUCUAGGACGGAAAAUUAUUUCAAGAAGGAUGUUUGUUGCAAUAGUAUUUUGAUAUUUGCAUUUGUGUUGAGCAGAAAUAAAUCGUAUGUAUUUAUCCCCUGAAA